UCGUUCGCAACCACCACCUUCCCAACGCCGACGCCAUGCGCCGCUCACUCCUUGACCGAUUACCACGGCUCUCGAGCGUGCGAACGCUUGCAACAGAUGGCGACUCGGCUGCGGCGGUACUACAGGAGGAGGGAGGGAUGGAGGGAUGGCAUUGGAUCGGUGCUGUAGGUGAGUCGCGGUCGCCCGGUAUUGCGCGUCGCCCCAGGGCGCAUACACUUACUUUUCACGUGUUUUCCCCCCUCGUUCGACCAACUUAGCGCGCUCUGCGACCUCGAAGCCCUCGCAAGAAUGCACGCGAUGCAUCGUCCCCGCGCCUCGCGGAUCGCCCAUCUGUUCUUGCCUUACACGACGACCAGCCACUCGCUCGCGCGUUCUUCACCA